GAAGGCCUAUUUAAAACUAUUCAUUAAUUUUUUUAAAUAGAUAUUCAACUGACGUCAUCAUGUCAACAGCUUUCGGUGUUAAAUCUAAUUGCAUUGAGGAACCAAAUAGCGAAUAUCGAAUCCAAGGGAAAAAAGCUAUAGAAAUAGGAAAUGGAUUUUGGAUCGCCUUAUUUAUGUUUGCGCCACAAAUUAUGGAUUUCUUUUCCAUCCCCAUUACAAGCCGACAAGUCACGAGUUUUUAUAUGAAUUUGUUUCGAGAAACUGUAAAAUACAGACAAGCUCAUAAUAUUGUCAGACACGACUUUAUGAAUAUGCUCAUACAACUCGUGAACAAGGGCUACGUUGAUCUUGACGAUGACAAGAAAAACGAAUCAUCAAUCGUAAAUAAACUUACCAUGGCGGAA